AUGUCGGCGGCCGUGCCGCACGUUGUGGUCAUCGCUUUUCCCUUCGCCUCCCACGCCGUGAAGCUGUUCCGCCUAGCGCGCGCCCUCGCGGCGGCGGCACCGGCGGCCACCUUCUCCUUCCUCUCCACCGCCGCGCUGCUAAAUGAGCAGCAGAAGAAGCACGAGGACUCUCUCGUGACGAACCUACGCUUCGUGGAGGUCCCGGACGGUCUAUCACCGAGCUCGGAUGGCGCCCCAGCGGUACCACCGCCGCACCCUAUGGUGCGUCUCAAGCUCUUCAUGGCGGCUGCUGAGGCUGGCACGUUAAGGGAGGCGCUGGAGACGGCUCGCGCCUCCGCGGGCGGCGCCAGGGUGACCUGCGUCGUCGGGGACUCGUUCAUGUGGAUGGCAGCCAAGGCGGCCGCUGAGGUGGAGGCUCCAUGGGUUGCCGUCUGGACCGGCGGUCCCAGCGCUCUCCUGGCGCACCUACGCGCUGACGCGUUGCGCGACGACGUCGGAGAUAAAGCGGCGAGCCGAGCAGACGAGCUGCUAACCUCGCACCCGGGCCUCGGAAGCUACCGUGUCCGGGACCUCCCCAACGGCAUCGUCUCCGGCGACAUGAACUCGCCGAUCGUCUCCUUGUUCCGCCGCAUAGCGGAGCACCUUCCCCGCGCUGCCACCGCCGUCGCCUUCAACACCUUCCCGGGACUCCUCCCGGAUGACCUCACCGCCGCUCUCGCCACGGAGCUCGCGGAGUGCCUCCGUCGGCCCCUUCCACCUUCUUCACCGACCAGAAGAUGA